AUGUUAACAUUAUAUGAUGAUGAUGAUGAUGAUGAUGAUGAUGAUGAUGAUGAUGAUGAUGAUGAUGAUGAUGAUGAUGAUGAUGAUGAUGAUGAUGAUGAUGAUGAUGAUGAUGAUGAUGAUGAUGAUGAUGAUGAUGAUGAUGAUGAUGAUGAUGAUGAUGAUGAUGAUGAUGAUGAUGAUGAUGAUGAUGAUGAUGAUGAUGAUGAUGAUGAUGAUGAUGAUGAUGAUGAUGAUGAUGAUGAUGAUGAUGAUGAUGAUGAUGAUGAUGAUGAUGAUGAUGAUGAUGAUGAUGAUGAUGAUGAUGAUGAUGAUGAUGAUGAUGAUGAUGAUGAUGAUGAUGAUGAUGAUGAUGAUGAUGAUGAUGAUGAUGAUGAUGAUGAUGAUGAUGAUGAUGAUGAUGAUGAUGAUGAUGAUGAUGAUGAUGAUGAUGAUGAUGAUGAUGAUGAUGAUGAUGAUGAUGAUGAUGAUGAUGAUGAUGAUGAUGAUGAUGAUGAUGAUGAUGAUGAUGAUGAUGAUGAUGAUGAUGAUGAUGAUGAUGAUGAUGAUGAUGAUGAUGAUGAUGAUGAUGAUGAUGAUGAUGAUGAUGAUGAUGAUGAUGAUGAUGAUGAUGAUGAUGAUGAUGAUGAUGAUGAUGAUGAUGAUGAUGAUGAUGAUGAUGAUGAUGAUGAUGAUGAUGAUGAUGAUGAUGAUGAUGAUGAUGAUGAUGAUGAUGAUGAUGAUGAUGAUGAUGAUGAUGAUGAUGAUGAUGAUGAUGAUGAUGAUGAUGAUGAUGAUGAUGAUGAUGAUGAUGAUGAUGAUGAUGAUGAUGAUGAUGAUGAUGAUGAUGAUGAUGAUGAUGAUGAUGAUGAUGAUGAUGAUGAUGAUGAUGAUGAUGAUGAUGAUGAUGAUGAUGAUGAUGAUGAUGAUGAUGAUGAUGAUGAUGAUGAUGAUGAUGAUGAUGAUGAUGAUGAUGAUGAUGAUGAUGAUGAUGAUGAUGAUGAUGAUGAUGAUGAUGAUGAUGAUGAUGAUGAUGAUGAUGAUGAUGAUGAUGAUGAUGAUGAUGAUGAUGAUGAUGAUGAUGAUGAUGAUGAUGAUGAUGAUGAUGAUGAUGAUGAUGAUGAUGAUGAUGAUGAUGAUGAUGAUGAUGAUGAUGAUGAUGAUGAUGAUGAUGAUGAUGAUGAUGAUGAUGAUGAUGAUGAUGAUGAUGAUGAUGAUGAUGAUGAUGAUGAUGAUGAUGAUGAUGAUGAUGAUGAUGAUGAUGAUGAUGAUGAUGAUGAUGAUGAUGAUGAUGAUGAUGAUGAUGAUGAUGAUGAUGAUGAUGAUGAUGAUGAUGAUGAUGAUGAUGAUGAUGAUGAUGAUGAUGAUUGA